UUGCCAGCAGCGGAGCGUGUGCACUUAACCGCUAAGCCACGGGGCCGGCCCAAGAUGGCUUUUUAAAAGGCAUGAUUUCCCAAUGUCUGGGGAGGAAAAUUUGGCAUUAUCGUUUUAAUUUUAAGAGGUAGAGCCUGUUUGAUCCAGCCAUUCCACUUCGUGUAUCACCUUUAUAAUCAUAAAGGAAAAAUAACAAAACUCUUUUUAUUCUGGAACAACAACAACAAAAGCCGGGGGGGAAGACCUUGCUUAAAUUAUAAUUGCUGAUCAUUGAGCAUUAGCAAGAAGUAUACCCAAGUGUUUAUUUGUGUAUAUAAAUAUUUUAAACUUGUUCUAGAUGCAUUUUCUAUCUGAUUGUUUUAAACUAUAAUGUUUAUAUGAGGUUGUUUACAGUUACAGUUUUGAUAAGAGAAAUCCCGUUUUUCUCUGGUGAGACACAUCUGUGAUACAAGUUUAAUUUUUGGACCACAUGCACAUGACAGAAGCACAAACCAGCACUUGGUGGCAGCAUACCCAAGUGUAGGUUUUGUCCUACUAAUUAGUAAACAAAGAACUGGAAGGUUGAAUGAAACCUAAUCACUGAAAUGGCAGAUGCCUAUAGACCACAGUUUGGCCCUGGCCUGCUCUAAAAAUCUCGCCUCCUAUCUUCCUGUAGGCGUUAAGUAUCCAAGGGUGGCCCUGUCCCCAGUGGGUGUGUCCACCGUGCAAGCCAUAGCUGAAUGCCUCAGAUGGUAUCAGAGUGUUCUAGCAUCUUUGUAACAGGUCUCAGCCCAGCUGCCUCGCGUGGGAGGCAGAGGAGGUAUUCUCUCCAACUUCCAGAUGGCAAAAUAAGCUGUUACUCACACCCCUGCCAGCCACCCACGGGCACCUGACAUCCUCAGACCUUUCUAGAACCUUAGGAGUGGGGAACGACUCGAAAAUCUGAGCUCUUCCAACAACUGCACCCACGUCCACCUCACCUGUACCUGUGCCGUCCUCAAAGGCACGGCUGUGCCGAUGCUUCUUGUCUCCACAGGUCCUGGCUGGGGAAUCAGGAGGAGGAGUUGCUGGGCCUUCACUCAGCAACCUGAGAGCCAGGUACCACUCUUAUCUCCACCUGACAGAUGCCAACUCCCAGACCAGGCCCAAACCAAGGAGGACAUCUUAGAGGCACCCUCUCCCGGCAGGUGUCUGAGGGGAGCUGAGGCCUGGAGGGGAAGGCAGGACCCCAAGGAGCAUCAGAGGCAGCUGAAGAAGAAACAGAAGAACCGAGCGGCUGCCCAGCGCAGCCGGCGGAAGCACACGGACAAGGCAGACGCCCUGCAUCAGCAGCACGAGUCACUGGAGAAACACAACCACGCCCUGCGGAAGGAGAUCCAGGCUCUGCGAGCUGAGCUGGCGUGGUGGAGUCGGACCCUGUGUGUGCACGAGCGCCUGUGCCCGAUGGACUGUGUCUCCUGCUUGGCUCCCAUGCCCCCCAGCUGCUGGACUCAGGCAGAGCAGCCCCCAGGCCCUGUGCCCCACGGACAGCAUGGCUGCCUGGAGCAGUCAGGCCUGUUCCAGACCCCACUUUCCUCUCCCUCUGCUCAGCAACUCUCUCCAGAUCCCCAGCCUCAUGGUUCCCCCGGCCCCCUCCUGUCCCCUCUGCCCUCGCUGUCCCUUGGCUCCACUGCAGUCACUGCGUCUUCCGUCCAGCUGUCCUCCAGCCCUGUUGAAUCUGCCUCGCUCACUGGCUCCAGCCUGCUGAGACCUUCCUCCAAGCUCAAUGCCCUCCUGCCCAGCCCCCCAACCCAAACUUCCCCUCCACAGCCCCUUGGGCUGGAGCACCGCACCAGGAGGAAGCUGGAGUCCUCACCCCACAGCCCCUUGUCUGCUCUGGGGCUGACCUGUCUGCAGGAUAGGGAGCAUAAGCCUGUUUUCUCAGUAGCAGAUCUGCAAGGGUUGGAUGUGGAUCCCAGCCCCCACCCCCUCCUGGCCUUCCCCCUGCUCUCCUCUGCUCAAGUUCACUUCUAACCUGGCCCUGGAGCCGGGCUGGCCCCUUCCUUGGGCUCAGGAAGCAGCCUCAGCACACGGGCAUCUCUUCCCUUGCCAUUGGAGGCUGUCCUUGGCUGACCAGCUGGCCCAGGAUUUCACCAGGGAAAGGGAAGCCAUCACUGCAUGCCCACCUCUCUGCCAGGCCCUGUCACUGCUACUAUCUUAUUUCAGCCUCAGGGGCAUCCUGAAAAAUCCAGAUUAUCACUCCACUUUUUCAGAUAAGGAGACAGAGGCUUGGAGAAGCCAAGUGACUUGUCCAAGUUCACACAGCCUUUCUUGGGAUCUGAAACACCACCAUCUGUUGUCUUUCUCCUGGUGGGAUCAUGGCCCAGGCACCCUAGGGGUUGACGUCCUAGAAACUGAGGACUGGUGUGAGGAGGUUUAAGUGCUGGGAGCAGGGAGGGGCUGUCGCUUCUGAUUUGUGAUUCCCAGGGCCACAGAGCCCUGCUGUUCCUGAAACCUCGCCCUCGCUGGGGCCGCUCCAGAGUCCAAGCCUGGGGGGCGGGUGAGGCCAAGCAGGAGCCCAGAAGUGGACUCUUUCUUCCCCAGCAGUGUUUUCAGUACCAAGGAGCUGAACCUGUGGGUUGAAAUUGGUGAGAAGCCUGGAAUAGUCCUCCUGGGAUGUCUACAGAAGGGGUACCUGUAGCCAUACCAAGACUUCAGGGACAUUCUGCGGGGUCAGCUCUCCAGGAUAUUCCCAAAUAGCACCCUGCCUCCCUCCUCCCACCAAGCCAUGAGGGUCCUGAGAGCCAUUCAUGUCAUGCACGAAAGGCCUAAGGAAACACCAAGAGAAGGGUCAGGUGCAAGGUUAUGUUUAAGCAAGUGCUGGACCUGAACCUGGCGGCAGGGAGACCUGUGUCUUCUCUGGGACCACCUCCAUCCCUGGGCAGCCCCUGGCCCCCAUUGCCCUCGGCUUCUAUGAGCAGCGCCCCUCAUUGCUCUUUGGUUCGAUGGCAGCUGGAAGAUCAGAGGCCGGGACCAGGUGGAAACUCAGCUGCAGUGUCUGCUCCAAGGCAGGUUCUUGUUUCAGACCCAGGACAAGCACUGUAAGGGGCCUGCGACGAGAAACUCCAGCUCUUCACCCAGAUUUUCAAACACAUGUAAGCGGACACUAUGCAAGUGUUUGACACACUCCAGGAUGCUGAGCACAAGUCUUGGCACAUAUGGUAAAUAAAUUAAAGCGUUUUCCAAUUCUUUUUGCUUUGGCCAGUUGUUUAAAGCUCUGGUUGUACUGUAUACUGUUGAAACCAAAGGGCCUUUGAAAGAGGAGGGAAUAGUCUAGAAUCUUAGAAGUGGGCAAUCCCUCGUGGACCUCCUAAUCUAACUCCCCCUCCCAUAUUGCAGAUGAGGAAACUGAGGCCCAGAGAUGGGAUGGACUUGCCUAGGGUCACACAGCAAGAGUAGGUGUGAUGGUUGCAAGAUUGUCGAUGGAGGCCGAGCUGGGGUCACCACAGGUUCAGGGAGAGGAAGGAAGUAGCAGGAGGGAAGCCAAGAUGCUGUUUAUUGGAAGAAAGCUGGAGUCUGGGACAAGAGUUGAUAUAUGCACCAUGGACCAGGACUUGAUGGGGGAAUGAGGAUACUAUGGUCUGGCUUGUGUCUAUAUACCCUAAAAUAUGUCAGGCACUGUGCUGUGUUUUA